AUGAAACUGACACAGAAUGAGAGCAAUUCUGGAGAGCAGACCAAGAAAAGGAAGAGGAAAGUGCAGCACAAGCGCAGGAAACACCACAAGGAUACUACUACAUCCUCCAAGUCUUCUUCUGGAUCAGGUUCAGACUCAGACAAACUCCGCUCUUCCUAUGACUGCCCUAGCCUGCCUGAAAAGCUGUGGACAGCUAUUCUCCAGGAUGAUGCAGUAGACUUUGAUGAAAUUUUCUCAAGCAUCAACUCAGCAACCAUAGACAAGGAAGUAACUGUAGAAAUCAGUGAAGGGGUUUCAAUUGCUCUUGAUUCCAUGAAAUCCAAUAACAAGAUCACUCAGCAUGGUCAUUGGGACAUCACAUGGGAGGCAUACACUGAGGUCAUCAACUAUGACCAUGCCGCAUGUAUCAUCAUUAGCUUGAGGUGGGAUGUCCUGUUCUCAGACUUCCACAAGUUUGUGCAUGAAAAGACAGCAUACAUCGACUCAGUUGGGGUUGCUGUUGUCCAGGAUGCAGCAGAUAUAUCCAAGAAGAUUGUGAUGAAGCCAAAACCAAUGUUGCCAAAUCAGAGUGCAGGCAUCUCUGAUGAGGUCUGCAGAAACUACAACUGGGGGGAGUGCCAUUUCAGCAACAAAUGUCAUCAUAUCCAUGCAUGUGGGGCAUGGUGA